UCGGCGCGUGUAGUUACAUAGUUGAUGUUCUCGGCCUAAUUACAAACAAACACGACGUAACUAUAAAAAAUAUAUGGCUUCAUUGCGGCAAAUUGAAAAACUAUUCAAACUCAUUACCUAAAGAGGACGAAAAGAAACGCUCUCGACCUAAACGUCAAUAUGUACGGUUUUGUGAAUUACGCCCUUGAGCUGUUGGUGACUAAGACGUAUGGUGAAGAGACAUGGGAAAAAAUAAAGAAAAAGGCUGAGGUGGCGAUGGAAGGAUCAUUUCUAGUAAGGCAAAUAUAUGAAGAUGAUAUAACAUACAACCUUAUAACAGCCGCUGUUGAAAUCUUACAGAAACCAGCUGAUGCCAUUCUAGAAUUGUUCGGAAUGACUUUCUUCGAAUUCUGUCAAGACUCCGGAUACGAUAAGAUACUUCAAGUACUCGGAGCUACACCCCGUGAUUUUCUACAAAAUCUUGAUGGCUUACACGACCAUUUGGGUACUCUUUAUCCUGGAAUGCGAGCACCAUCUUUCAGAUGCACUGAAAGACCGGAAGAUGGAGCGUUGGUCCUUCAUUAUUACUCUGAUAGGCCUGGCUUGGAACACAUUGUUAUUGGCAUCGUAAAGACGGUGACAAGUAAGCUACAUAAAACAGAGGUGAAAGUGGAAAUCUUGAAGACGAAGGAAGAAUGCGAUCACGUUCAGUUCCUCAUCACGGAGACAUCCAACACUGGACGUGUUUCUAUACCCGAGAUUGCUGAAAUUGAAACUUUGUCACUUGAACCAAAGAUUAGUCCCGCAACAUUUUGCCGUGUUUUCCCAUUCCACCUGAUGUUUGAUCGGGAGCUGAACAUCGUACAAGCUGGACGAACUGUAUCCCGCUUACUGCCAAGAGUUACGCGCCCUGGAUGCAAGAUAACUGAUGUUUUGGAGACGGUCCGCCCCCAUUUGGAGAUGACGUUUUCAAAUGUUUUGGCUCAUAUCAAUACGGUUUAUGUAUUAAAGACUAAGCCCGAGGAAAUGAUAGUUGCGGAUCCUCACGAAGAAAUUGCUUCAUUGCGUUUAAAGGGUCAAAUGCUGUAUAUACCGGAAACUGACGUAGUCGUUUUCCAGUGCUACCCAAGUGUCACUAACUUAGAUGACUUGACACGCCGUGGGCUCUGCAUCUCAGACAUUCCAUUACAUGAUGCUACCAGGGAUCUUGUAUUGAUGUCAGAGCAAUUUGAAGCUGACUAUAAAUUGACUCAAAAUCUUGAAGUUCUGACUGAUAAGUUACAGCAAACAUUCCGCGAAUUGGAAGCAGAGAAACAAAAAACUGACAGGCUCCUCUACUCCGUACUUCCAAUAAGUGUUGCUACUGAGCUGCGUCAUUGUCGUCCAGUUCCUGCUCGUCGUUAUGACCCUGUUACUCUUCUCUUCAGCGGCAUUGUUGGUUUCGCGAACUAUUGCGCAAGAAACAUCGACCAUAAAGGAGCUAUGAAGAUCGUCAAAAUGCUCAACGACUUGUACACUGCUUUCGAUGUACUCACCGAUCCGAAAAGAAAUCCUGAUGUUUAUAAAGUAGAAACAGUUGGAGAUAAAUACAUGGCUGUAUCUGGUCUGCCAGAAUAUAAAGUGGCACACGCAAAACAUAUUUCUUUACUGGCGCUUGAAAUGAUGGACCUUUCCCGAACUGUCACUGUGGAUGAUGAACCUGUGGGCAUUACUAUCGGUAUUCAUUCGGGUGAAGUUGUGACCGGGGUUAUUGGACAUCGUAUGCCACGCUACUGUCUCUUUGGUAACACGGUGAAUCUAACCAGCCGCUGUGAAACCACUGGUGUACCCGGAACUAUAAACGUCAGCGAGGAUACUUACAGCUAUUUAAUGCGGGAGGACAAUUACGAUGAUCAAUUUGAACUCACGUAUCGAGGCCACGUAUCCAUGAAGGGCAAAGCUGAGCCGAUGCAGACAUGGUUCCUAACGAGGAAGGCGAUUUAAACUCAAAAUAAAAAUAACUUAUUCCAAAGAAUCUUACUAUCUAACAGGAACUAAAAAUGUAUGUAUUAACGUAGUAGAUGUUUGCAUUAUCUUCACAAAUAUUUAAAUAUUCGUCGUAUGUAACACUUUUGUCAAUUUAUUUAUUAGAUGUCUUGUAGUUUAACUCGGGCCUAAAUUCAUGUUAACGAAAAUAUUUGCUAUCAACAUUAAUUCCGUUAGAUGUCAUAAUAAAAUUAAUAUGAGAUUCGUAGCUUUUUUCAAAUACUCGUUAAAUUGAUUCCUAUUUACAAAUCUGAAAUAUAUUGAAAUAAUAAAUUAGAAAAAAAAAUUGCUGAAUUUCUAAAUUUAAAUUAAUAAUACUUUAUAUUGUGACCUUGUAGCGUCAUUGAAACGUCCUUACAAUGACCUCGCAUGACGUCAAACAUUCCCUAGUUGCGUUUGUUUAAGUUUUUAAGAGUUCUGCUACAUUUAUAAGUUGAUUAGUGUUUAUUGUCAAAAAUGCAUGUUAGUGUAUUUUAUAUAAUGAUUUCUAAAUGUUUUAUUUAUUAAUUAUAAUGUAUUUUGUUAUUGUACUUUAAAACCAAAUAUGUCAAACAGAAGAAUAUAGUUAAGCAUAUUGAUUAUUAUAUGACUUGUUCAACCUGAUACUUGUUAUGUUUUAGUCUUUGUCCAAUUUUGUUGCAUUUUAUAACUUUAUUAUAUUGUAAGCUAUUAAGAAAAUUUAAACGAGUUUCUGUAAAAGACAAUGCCAGACAAUAUGGAUCACUAUAUUAUAUAAAUCACUAUUUUAUUGCUUUUAAAAAUAAGCCAAAUAUAAGAAUAUAUAUAAUGACAUUUCAGACUUGAGUUAGGUUAGUUUAUUUUAAUUACUCUAAAUGGCUCUGUUUACAAAAUUUAAAAGCUCAGUGUUUCUAGCUUUAAAAUAAUAAUCGAUUGUAUCACAGUAAAAUAUUUUAUAAAUUGUUAUUAUUUUGAAUCUAUUACACGUAAAUCUAUAUUUGAUUUCAAAUAAAAAAUAAUGUUUUAAUCAGCUCGUAUGCACACAAAGUAACACACCUGCGCUUUUACUGAACAGGAAAUGGGGCUGGACUGUUGAGAGUAACUUUAUGUGAAAGUAUUGCGAUUAACAAUUUAUUACCAAAUUAUUUUCAUAGUUUAUUAUAAAUAAGUAUUUGUCAUAAAUUAAUCAAAGGCGUGAUGCGGAAUCUGGCAUUGUCGUUUAUCUAGUCAUUACUUAUUAUAUAAUUUGUUAUGUAUAAGUGAGCGUUAAAUUUAUUUUUAUUAGAAAACUUUAUUAAUAAAUAUUUGUCUAUUAGCAUCUAGUCAUGAGAAAGAUUAUUAAUAAAUAAAAAUA